GCGGCGAGCGGAGCGGACGCGUUUUUCUCGUCCUCCUCUUCCUCCUCCUCCUCCUCCUCCUCGGUUUCCUCGCCCGACAUGGCGGUGGACGCCAGGCGGUUGGAGGCCCUGAGCCUUCACCAGCUCCACGAGCUCCUGGAAGAUGAGGAGCAGCUCCAGAACAUGGCCCUGGAGAUGGAGGAGGCCCAAAAUGUUCAGCUUAGCAAAGAUAUGACUCUCGCCAGCAACCACAGCCUGGCAGAAGGAAAUCUCUUAUACCAGCCAAAAUUAGAUGCCCUGAAAGCCACAUUAACCCAAAAGUAUCAAGAGCUACAGGUUCUCUUCGAAGCGUAUCAGAUAAAGAAAACCAAGCUAGACAGACAAUCCAAUAAUGCUUCGCUGGAGACCCUCCUCGCGCUUCUUCAAACGGAAGGGGCCAAAAUCGAAGAAGACACCGAGAACAUGGCCGAGAAGUUUCUGGAUGGCGACGUACCCCUGGACACCUUCAUUGAUGAAUAUCAGAGUCAGAGGAAAUUAGCUCACCUGCGGCGGGUCAAAAUAGAGAAACUCCAAGAGGUGGUCCUGAAAGGACCCCGGCGGCCCCCGGUGCCUCCUCCUCCCGUGCUUCAGACUUCAGAGGCCAACACGCCUCCUUCGGUUAUGCCUCGCCGUAACCCUCCCCCUCCCCCUCCGGCCUCCGUGCUCCCAGCGGGACGUUUCCCAACACCGUUUAUGGCGGCCAUGGGCCACAAUCCCUAUCUAUACCCUCCACUCCCGCCGAGGACGGGGGCUCCACCGCUGCCAGGCCAAGGGCCGUCGCCGAGUUACCUGAAUCCUUUUCUAGCUCCGUACCCCUCCACACCGCCACAGAGGCCGCCGCCUCGCCUUCCUACCAACCCGGGUUUUAUCGUGGAAUGAAAAACGCCAUCAUGUCUUGACUCUUCGUGUACACUGGUGCUGACCUUUACGAGAUCCUUAAAAGCUGGAAACCCGACCGAAGUCGGGGGUGGUGGUGUUUGAAAUCGACGGGGACUCCGCGCACAAAGGAAACCGCCAACGGAUCCUGCAAAGAGCGCCGGUUUUGAUCUUUCUUUUUUGAUUUUUGAUUUUUUUAUUUUAUUUAAAGAGAGAAUCUGGGUCUCCGUCCAGCCCUCUCUACAAAGACGUCAAACCAAUGUAGAAUUGGUGAAAAUGCUUCCAUUGGUAGACUCGCCUUGUUCUUCCGAGGAGAUUCCAGCCAUCGUGGCGCGAAGGGCCACAAAUCCCAGGAAAUCUUGUUUAAGUUCUUUUUAUUCCUUCAUUUGGAAAAGGAAAAAGCAAUUCUGGAAACGAAAUCUCGUUCUAAACCACCACCCCUGGAUGGUAGCUUUUGAAUAUAUACAUAUAUAUAUGUUCUGCGAACAGACUCUGCACCCAAAUGGCAAUAAAAAAUGACUCGUCGCUGGUGGCACAAACCCCGUUAGGGACUAGCGAGCUUGUGGUUCUAAGUUAGCAAAUUUUUCUGUUAGCCGCAGUGGGAGGUUUCGGGGGGGAGGGGAGUUUGUUUCCCCCACUAAUAUAAUCCGAUCCAUUUGAGCAAGAGGCUGCCAAUUUUCGGUGGGCAGCGAGGGUGGGAAAAGCAGCUAUUCGUACCCGUGAAAACCUCAGGAUGUCAAAAACAGCAAAUGGAGAUUUGAAUCCCUGCUCUUGAGAGUAAAUCAUGAAUAUUCAAUCCGUACCACUGGACCAAACGCUGCCCCUCCUGCUUCUCUUCACCCUACAUCCGUUCACGACUUCUGGCUUGAGAUGAGGGUUUUGUAUAUCUCUGAUAUAUUUUCCUAACAGGGUUCUAGAAAGUUCUGGCUUUUAAUGUAUCUGUGUCUCUGGGAAACAUGUGAACCCAGAAAUACUCAUGGAUCCAAGCAUGACCAAAUGCUUGUCACUCUCUUAGCCGAUUAGUUCCUCCAGCUUUAUAUUCCCAUUCCUUAAUCCUAAACCAAAGUUACCCCACACCUGGAAACCUCGUGUCGACUUCAGAUUGGAGCAAAUUCCCCUUCCUUCCUUCCUUCCUUCCUUCCUUCCUUUCAAAACUUUUGUAUGUUUUUCAGAAAAUACGCUUGUCUUUAAAAAAAAAUCAAAGUAAAAGAUUUUUUUUUUUUCUAAAACCGAAAAUUAGAUACACCACCCUGUGUGGAAAAAAUUCACCCGUUCAGAAAAACUAGUUAAAAGCAUCUCCUAAUUCACCGGAGCAUCUUAGCAGUAUCUCUGGGCCGAGUUCUUCAUGAAAGAACUCUUAAAUAGGUUGGUAGGUUGUUUUUUGGGGGUUUGUUUGUUUUUUGGGUAUAUGUCAUCCAACACUUCUCUGAAAUUGGUACUGCCACAAUCAUGUUUGCAAAGAAAUAAAAGGAGAGGGGACAGCUUCGCACUGAAAGGUAUUUGAAGGGAGCGAUAACGAGGAGUGUCGAGGGAGCUUUGAGAAACAGGAGAGUGUGAAGUUGUGAGAACGCUGUAUGCAUUAUCAGAUUCGGUUCUGUUGCCAGUUUUGACUUUCAGUUGAUGCAGAAUGUCCUUUCCUGUAUCUUUCUGGAAGAACCCAGAGGCCUUGAUACAUCAAAAUUCCAGCUUUUCUCUCUCUCUCUCUCCUGCUUGUUUCGUUCUGUCACUUCUUAGAAGACCCUAAUUCAUGUCCUCUUCAUGGGUGACCCAAGCUAAUUCACCAUGUUUACUUAACUAUAUAUCCUGGCCUAUCUCAUCGUAUCCGAGUUACUUUUCCUAAGCGAUUCCAGAAUAACUGUUUUAGAGCAAAAGGAUCUGUUUUUAAGCCAUAAGCUUAGGUCGAAAGGUUAAACAGAAAAUUGGGUUGUAUUCCUUCAGCCAUUAAUCAAGCCAAUCUACACUUAUAGAUCAUCUGCAGAAUGCCACUUCUCUUUUCUUGGGGGCUAGAACGAUUGUUCUGAAUUCAAAAUUUUGAGAUUUUGAUCUUUGCCAAGACCGGUCGCUCCAAACCAGCCAGACUUAACCUGCUCUGUGACUUAAUUCCACCCCCUGAAGAUGUGAGCGGUUGUUGUUUUUUUUAAAAAAAAAAAAGACCAAGAGGAAAACAUUUUUAUGCCUUAAAAAGACAGCAGAGGUAUGCAAGUAUCACUCGGCAUUUUAUACCCGUGCGAUCCUGUCACCACCAUAGCCCUCGCUUCGUUUCUCUGCGACGCGAACUGCGUGGGAGACACCGCAAAGCUUCCAAUAAGCCCAGCUUGUUGAAUGGCUCUGGAAAUUGAUUCACUCCAGAGCGCCUUGUCCCUACACGUUCUGCUCAAAGUUGCUGCUUGCAGGACAAGCCCUCGGAGGCACUGGGGUGCCCCAAGAGACGUCUAAUGCUGGGAAAAAACCACUUGCACGAUCUGCCCUCCGAGAUCUGCCCUCCGAGGGAAUCUUAAGCCUCAAGAACCGUUCUCGGAUGCGUCUCAACCAGUCGAGUGCGCUUGAGCUGAUGAGUCAACCCAUGUGCCAUUCGGGGGCACAAGGUGACUUGCGAAACUCAAAAAUCCCAGCAGUUUAAAAUUGUAAAGAUGAGCCUUGAUGCCAGUUGCAUUUGUCUUUCAGGGUGUCACACAGUCAUGUUACUUUAAAAAAAAAAAAACCCAACGGAAUCAAGAACCAGGCCUUUAGGCACCUAUUUCUUGGCAUUUCUUGGUUGUGACUUUCCACCUCUUUUCAUUUUUUUUUAUUGAGGAAAAGUGUGACUCAGAGUCGUUCUUCGAUGUGUCUCUUUGCAGUUUUGCAAGAUAACUGGGCGUUUCUCCAGUGUUAGAAGAGCGGCUUCAGUUUUUAAGGAAGUACAACGUUGUGUACUGAUGCAGCAAAAUACAUUUAUAGACAACUGGUUGGAUCCAGGAGUUCUCAGGUACUUAACGUCUCAAGGAUCUCACACGUUCCAUUCCAGAGUUUGCACAUCAGCAGUGAGAAUAUCUGAAUUCCUGCAAGAAAAGGAGAACUACGCCCAUGUAUGAAUCUUACAGAGCCCUUCAGAAAUGAUUCUGAUCAUCACGUUCCUGUUAAGACACUAGUCUCUCUUCCCCCUUGUGCUGCUCACUUACUUUCCAAACAAUAUCAUCCUUGUGCAGAGACAAGUUUUUUGCAGAGGCUGCUACAGCUGUGACGCACCUAAAUUUUGUACGUGUGAAGGGCUAACCUGUGCCUUAGAACCACCGCAUAAGAGUUUUGUCAGGAAGAAAUUCCUUUUAAAAAUAUCCUUUUUACGGUUCCUCUUUUUCAUGUGUCGAGAGCUUGGAAGGAAAAGGGCGACGGUAUCCAUUGUCUACGGUAGGAAAGGCAGAUGUUGGGGGUUUUUGCUGAAAGGUUUAUUUUACUAGGAGAACAAAAAUUUUGGUCUCGUGGCAGGAGUUUUUCAAGCCGGCUGGCAGAUCUAAAGGAAAGGCCACGUUAAAUCGUGGUUGCAAUCUUGUGGCCGAUGCAAAACUAAACAACAAUAAUAAUAAUAAUAAUAAUUGGAGCUUGGAUGAGAUUGAAACUGGCAAAAGUCACUGCUAAUUGUAGGUAUUCCGGCUUACAUGGAAUUAAAGUCAAAUGGCUGGUUGAAAAACGUGGUUAGGAGCGGAAUGGAUCUUCAGCUCUUGCACGGUGACAGGCCAAAAAUGCUAUUGAACCAGAAUCUGUAAGUUUGGGAGGGGAAAAAAAUUGGAAACCUCCAAACCCCAGCUGAGAUCUGCCUGCUCACUAAAGUAGGCAUGGUGUAGAAAUUGUUUCAGAUGGGAUGCUACCUCUAUUUCUUGCUCCCGUAAGUUUACACCAAUAGUUAGCCACCUCUUGCAGGUACUCAAGGGUGUGAUGAACGAAAGCAGCAAGCAGAAUUUUCUCCAGUGGUCAGUUCGGUCUAGGGAACCGAUUGAGUCAGUAGCAAUAGGUCAAUAUCAGUGGGUGUGUGUGUGUGUCAUAACCUUUCCCUGGAGUACUUCAGCCUUGCCACACUUCCAGGACCCUUAAGGAUGGGAUGGCUUAAGCUUCCAUCACCCAAAAUCAGGCACUGCUGUUUCCGGAGAGCAGAGUUUUUCCAACAGCUGAAAUGCAGAACGGUUUCCUCUUCGCGGGCUAAGGGUGGAACGUUUCUCGCUCACUUUUGAUAAAGAGGGUUUUGCAAUUGUUCUGUUUGCACAAGACGUGUUUUUAAAAACGGCCCUUUAAAAAAAUAAUAAUAAUAGCCAACCGCAUUUGAAGCGUAAGAAGCCAUGUUACCCCAAAAGGGUGGAAAAUAGCUGCAAUUUUAUACCGUGGUCUUAAUUGCCCUAUAUAUUUUUUUUCCUCUCUCUCUCUAAAAAGUAUGCAACUAGAGGGAAAUUUGUGACUUGUGGAAUGUCGCAGUUAAACUGGCCUGACUGGUCUUUUUCUUGAUUAGCAUUUGAAUUGUCGAAAAGCAUCUAGCAAAUGUUGCUGGUUAGCCUUUAUUCUGCCCAGCAGCUGAUCUACAGAUCAGAUUACUGUUCAUUUUUUUUGGUUGGUAGGUAUACAAGAAAGGCCAGUUCUCAAGUCUGAAUUAGGUUAUUUCUGUCCUAGGACAGGAGGCAGGAGAGAGAGGUCAUUUAAGGCCGUUUGGUAAUCCUGCAGCAGGACAGUUUUCCAAUGCUUUUGGGGGGGCCCUCAAACCAGCAGUUUAACAUGUUAUUCUGGAACAAGCCAGUCCUAAACUACCAUGUGAUACCCAUCGUCUCCAAAUGUGCCUAAGACUUCAUUCACCUUCCUUGCUUUCUGGGACGACUCCUAAUGUAUGACUUCUGUUCGACUUCGUUGUACAUUGUGGUCUCGAGGCAAGCCUCCGAGCUGACAAGACUCUUCCUUUUUCUUGUAGAAUUGCUGUUUUAUAGAAAUAAAUUUUUUUGGGGUUGCAGUGAUUAUUCAUUAAAAAGAAUCCUAAAUUUUUGUACAAA